AGGACUCGUGCCGUCCGUCGUAUGUACUGAGCGCUCAUCGUGUGCAGAGCGCUGUGCUAAGCGCUGGGGAGAGGGCAACGGGCCAGUUGCAAGCGAGCGCCCCAUGGCGGUUCGGGCCUCCUUCGAGAACAACUGCGAGGUGGGCUGCUUCGCCAAGCUCACCAACACCUACUGCCUCGUGGCCAUCGGGGGCUCCGAGAACUUCUACAGCGUCUUCGAGGGGGAGCUGGCCGAGACCAUCCCCGUGGUUCACGCCUCCAUCGCCGGCUGCCGGAUCAUCGGCCGGAUGUGCGUCGGGAACCGGCACGGCCUGCUGGUCCCCAACAACACGACGGAUCAAGAGCUGCAGCACAUCCGCAACAGCCUUCCGGACACGGUGCAGAUCCGCCGCGUGGAGGAGCGGCUGUCGGCGCUGGGCAACGUCACCGCCUGUAACGACUACGUGGCCCUGAUCCACCCUGACCUGGACCGGGAGACGGAGGAGAUCCUGGCCGACGUUCUCAAGGUGGAGGUGUUCCGGCAGACGGUGGCCGACCAGGUGCUGGUGGGCAGCUACUGCGUGUUCAGCAACCAGGGGGGCCUCGUGCACCCCAAGACGUCCAUCGAAGACCAGGACGAGCUGUCCUCGCUGCUGCAGGUCCCGCUGGUGGCCGGCACGGUGAACCGAGGGAGCGAGGUGGUGGCCGCGGGCCUGGUGGUCAAUGACUGGUGCGCGUUCUGCGGGCUGGACACGACCAGCACGGAGCUGUCGGUGGUGGAGAGCGUCUUCAAGCUGAACGAGGCCCAGCCCAGCGCCAUCGCCACCAGCAUCAGGGAUUCCCUCAUCGACAGCCUCACCUGAGCAGGGCCACUGGCCUCCCGCUGCCCCUCUUUUCCGGCCUCUGAACCCGGCCUCGGAGCGGUACCCCCUCCCACUCCGGACUUCACGGACCCCUGUUCUGGGUCGGGUCGGCCCGGCCGAGGAGGGGGAGCUGGGGCGUU